GAGAGCCGCGACACGAUCGAGAUUGGUGACGCGGAGGUCCCUCUGAUUGAGGCUGCCACGCUCAUCGAUUGCCCCAUCGCAGGGCGGCACAUCGACCUCUCCAUGAGGGCGGCCCUGGUCGGCGACAGGGCCGCCGACGGGGCGCCAGCAGCGCCCGCAGCGGGAGGCGCGGCCCCGUCGGCGACGCCAGCGGCGACUGGCACGGGCGGGCCCCCCCGAGCCACAGACGUCAUGCAGCUAGUCGGCAACCACUAUGGCCUGGCGCCAAGAGACGCCCAAGGGUUAGAUCUCAUGCCACUGGAGUGGAUUCAGGCGGCAUUCCCCGUGCUCGCGCGCCUCGCCCUCCGUCGCGAGCACUCGAUCGACCGCCUCGAGGCCGCCUCGUACAGGCGCGUGCAGAUGCCGAGCAAGCACGACGUGAUCAAGGCCCUGCAGUCGCAUAUGGCCACGGUCAACCGCGAGAAGCCCAGCAACGCGCUGCUGGCCGACAAGGUCCACCACUGCCGCAUGCAGACGACGCACACGGGGGAGUUCGUGAAGGUGUGGCUCAAGGUCGACCCUCCCGAGCUCGAGAACGCGGUGGUGGCCGCGCUAGUCCAGCUCGGGGGCAAGCACAAGCACGGCAUCCCACCCAGGAGUCGCGGAGCUCGAGUGACGCAGGUGCACCUGGACGCCCUCGAGGGCCACGAGGUAUACUCCGUCGACGUCGGGAGCGCCCCGUACCUCAGCGGUGCGGCUCGAGGGUUCGUGGCCGCGUGGCGAGGCGCCCUGCUGGGAUCGGGGAUGCUGGUCGCGAGCAC